GAAUGGAAUGUAAAGCCACGAAACGUCAAAAGUUUUAGGUUAUGUUUGUUUAUUUACGAACUAGAUUUCGAAAAUUAUAUUUAUAGAUCGUAUAAACCAUGGGUGAUAAACAGUCAGAGCCUCCUCCUCCAGUGAAGCGCUACAGGCGUGAGGAAAAGUCCUCAGGGUCCGAGGAAGACAUCGAUAACUAUGAACCCUAUGUGCCCGUGAGAGAACGUAAAAAACAACAAUUGAUGAAGUUAGGGCGCCUCGGUCAGGUCGCCGCUGAAGUCUCCGCGGAGACCAAAAGCUCGAGCGACAACGAUCCAGAUGAUGAGACAUCUCAAGAAGAAUGGGGUCGCCGCUACAAUGUAUCACUCCUAGACCAGCACAGCGAGCUCAAGCGGUUGGCCGAGGCCCGGGCUCUGAGCGCAGCGGAGAGACAGGCGAGGGAGGAACAGCAUAUACUAGAGAGUGUUGCGCAGAGUAAAGCUCUCAUGGGUGUUGCCGAGUUGGCUAAGGGUAUACAAUACGAGGAGCCCAUCAAGACCUCAUGGAAGCCCCCGCGCUGCAUACUGGAGCUGCCCCCGGAGCGGCAUGACCGAGUGAGGGAUCAGCUGAUGAUCCUGGUGGAGGGGGAGGAUGUACCGCCCCCUAUCAAGACCUUUCAGCAUAUGAAGUUUCCUAAAGGCAUCCUCCGCGGGCUAGAAGAGAAGGGUAUAAAGAAACCCACCCCCAUCCAGGUGCAGGGUAUACCGGCGGUGCUGAUGGGGCGCGACAUGAUCGGGAUCGCGUUCACCGGCUCCGGGAAGACGCUGGUCUUCACCCUCCCCCUCUUGCUCGUGUGUUUAGAGCAGGAGAUCAAGAUGCCAUUCAUCAGAAACGAGGGUCCGUACGGACUCAUAAUUUGCCCGUCCCGGGAGUUGGCGAAACAGACGCACGAAAUAAUACAACACUUCGUUAAACACCUCAAGAUGACCGGCAUGCCGGAGAUCAGGAGCUGUCUGGCUAUUGGGGGUGUGGCGGUGUCGGAAUGUAUGGAGGUGGUGCAGCGCGGCGUCCACAUCAUGGUGGCGACCCCGGGGAGGCUUAUGGACAUGCUCGACAAAAAAAUGAUACGUCUAAACGUGUGCCGGUACCUCUGCAUGGACGAGGCAGAUCGCAUGAUAGACAUGGGUUUCGAAGAGGACGUGCGGACAAUAUUCUCGUACUUCACGGGGCAGAGGCAGACUUUGCUCUUCAGCGCCACCAUGCCGAGGAAAAUACAGAACUUUGCCAGGUCAGCGCUUGUCAAACCCGUUACUGUAAACGUGGGCCGCGCUGGUGCUGCGUCGCUCAACGUACGACAGGAACUGGAACCCGUAAAGGCCGAAGCACGCACAGUUCACCUCCUGCAGUGCUUACAAAAAACUCCACCGCCUGUGUUAGUGUUCGCUGAGAGGAAACAAGACGUGGACGCCAUACACGAGUACCUACUGCUUAAAGGUGUAGAAGCAGUGGCGAUUCACGGUGGCAAGGACCAGGAGGAGCGCUCCAGAGCCGUGGACGCCUUCAGACGAGGGGAGAAAGACGUGCUGGUCGCCACAGAUGUCGCUAGCAAAGGUCUCGAUUUCGCAAAUAUACAGCACGUGAUCAACUACGACAUGCCGGAAGAUAUUGAAAACUACGUGCAUCGCAUCGGACGUACAGGGCGUGCCGGUGGCGAGGGCGUGGCAACGACGUUGCUCGGUCGGGCAGCGGAGAGCAGCGUGCUCAAAGACUUGGCACAUCUGCUACGGGAAGCUGGACAAAAGGUGCCCGGGUUCCUGCUGGACAUGAUAGGGGAACCGGACGUGCCGGCGCCCGACGGGCAGGGCUGCUCCUACUGCGGCGGGCUGGGGCACAGGAUCACAGAAUGUCCAAAACUGGAGGCGGUGCAGAACAAGCAGGCGUCAAACAUCGGGCGGCGGGACUACCUCGCCAACACCGCUGCCGACUAUUAGUUUAUUUAUUUAUUUGGCCCGAUU